AUGACGACCACCCCCAGCAGGCCCUUUGAGUCCGUGUCUGCUGAUUUCUUUAGUGUCAUGGGGAAGUCCUUCCUCGUUAUCACUGACAGACUCUCCAGAUGGCCUGUCGUCAUCCCCUGUAAAGGAGACACUACUGCUGCUAACACCAUCAGAAUCUUCUGCAGGUGCUUCCGGAAGGUUGGUGUCCCACUUCGCCUUCGUACAGACGGUGGGCCUCAGUUCGCCAGCCACGACUUCCAGGACUUUAUGGAGAGAUGGGGUGUUCACCAUGUGAUGUCUUCACCACACUACCCGCAGUCAAAUGGAUAUGCUGAGGCUGCUGUGAAGUCGGUCAAGCACCUGAUUCUGAAAAAAGCACCUUCCAGCAAGAUCGACUGCGAGCAGUUUGCCUGCGGUCUCCUGGAACUGCAGAACACGCAAGAUGCUACAGGCCGCUCCCCUGCACAGAUCCUGUAUGGUCACCCUCUGUGCUCAUGCAUCCCUGCCCACCCUAAGUCCUUUGCAAAGGAAUGGCAGGCCAAAGCUGGGGAGUUUGACCGCCGGGCAGCCGCCCAUGCUGCGCAAGUGCAGGCGCAGUACAACAGCCAUGCUUGUCCCCUUCCCAGGUUGAGUGCUGGGCAGACAGUUUGGAUUCAGGACCUGAUCUCUCACCGAUGGGACAAGGUUGGACUUGUCAUGGGCUGCGGCAGGUCACGGGAUUAUGAGGUGCGUCUCCCCAGCGGCCAAGUGUUGUGGAGAAAUCGCCGCUUUCUCCGACAAGUGCCGUCUUCGAGUGGUGAUCCCUCCCCUGCUAUCCCUGUGGCCCCUUGCUCGGACAUUGAACAGUCCUUAGUUUCCCACCCUCCAGUGGUCCCACGCAGAUCUCAGAGGCUGAAGCGUGGUUCAGACGAACAAUGUUUCCCCUCUCGAGUUCCCGCUGUUUAG